AUGGAAAUGCUGAAGCAAAUUCAGGUAAACAUUCCUCUAAUUGAUGCUUUGAGGGAGAUACCCGGUUAUGCGAAAAUGAUGAAGGACUUGAUGUCUCGUAAGUUCGACUUCCAAGACUUGGCAACUGUCACAUUGAUACAGACCUGUAGUACUGUUGUGACAAGACCUAUAGCUGAGAAGCUAUCUGACCCUGGAAGCUUCAAAAUUCCAUGCACCAUAGGUAGCUAUGCAUUCGCCAAAGCAUUGUGUGAUUUGGGGGCAAGCAUUAAUCUGAUGCCAUUGUCUAUCUAUAAAACGUUAGCAUAUUUUGUCAUUCUGGAUAACCAAAUUGAUGAGGAGAUUCCCAUAAUUUUGGGAAGGUCGUUCUUGGCCAUAAGAAGAGCUCUGAUUAAUUGUGAAAUGGGGAAGCUGAAGAUGAGACUGAAUAAUGAAGAAAUAACAUUUAAUGUGCAAAGGUCUAUGUGGCGACCCAGUGAGUUUGCAAAUUGCUCUUUGAUAGAUGCAGUGGAUGUGAUCAUGGAGGAAGAUGAUGAGGCACUUAAUGCAAAAGACCCUUUAAUAGCCUGCCUCAUGAACUUAGAAGAAGUAAAUGGUGAAGACUUGGCAGAAUAG